GUCCUGUUUAUCUUUCCCUUCUCCGUUCUUCCUUCGAGCCACCAACCUUUCCUCAGCUUAUCCAGCCAGCUCCCUUGUAACCCUAGCUGCCCGCCGGCUCAUAAACCCUAGCGAUUAUCGAGGGAUGCAGCCCACGACGCGGGAAAUGCACGCCAUGGUCGCCGCCAGCCAGAUCUCCCUCGACGACUUGCGCGCGGCAGCAGGCGCUGCUGGCGGCGUGCACGACGACUUCCUGGACCAGAUGUUCGGAGGCCUGCCGCCGUCAGCAUGGCCGGAACUGGCAUCCGUGGCGGGAGGGAAGGCGCCGGAUGGCGGCGCGCAGGCGGAGGGGAUGGAACACCAGCCGCAGCACUUUGGUGGGGGGUUGUACGACGGCUCGUUGCAGGGAGAGGAGAAAUCGCCGGCAGCGUCUUCGGCGGCUCCUUUGUCGGAUCGCUCCAGCAGCAGCAGCAUUUUCAGUCGCAUCAUCCGCAGCAGCAAACAGCCCCGCCGUUGCCGGGCCAGGGCUUCGGUGGAGGAGGCAGAGGAGGUGGACGCGCGGGCGCGCCCGGCGGCAUGUCGCAGCCGCAGGCCGGGGCUGCGGUAGGAGGCGCGGCGGCGCCGCCCAGGCAGCGCGUACGGGCGCGGCGCGGCCAGGCCACCGACCCCCACAGUAUCGCGGAGCGGCUCCGUAGAGAGAGGAUCGCGGAGAGGAUGAAGGCGCUGCAGGAGCUGGUGUCCAAUGCCAACAAGACGGACAAGGCGUCGAUGCUGGACGAGAUCAUCGACUACGUCAAGUUCCUACAGCUCCAAGUCAAGGUGCUGAGCAUGAGCCGGUUAGGUGGCGCCGCUCGUAGCCGACAGGGUCGAGACGGCGCGGCGGCCGCGGCCGGGAGCGACGGCCUGGCGGUGACAGAGCAGCAGGUGGCGAAGCUGAUGGAGGAGGACAUGGGUACUGCCAUGCAGUACCUGCAGGGGAAAGGGCUGUGCCUCAUGCCCGUCUCCCUCGCCGCCGCCAUAUCCUCCGCAACGUGCCACAUGCGACCGCCGGUGGGGGGACCCGGGGUCGCCGCCGGGCACCACAUGGCCGCCAUGCGGUUGCCCCACGUCACGAACGGCGGCGCCGGAGCCGACGACGUGUCGGCCUCCCCGAGCAUGUCCAUGCUCACGACGCCGUCGGCCAUGCCCAACGGCGCCGGGGCAGGCGUUGAUGGCAAGGACGCCGCGUCCGUGUCGAAGCCGUGAUCUAAGGGCAAUGGACGCCGUUUCACUAACGGCGAAACCCUGACACCCGAGGACUUGGACUACUGGGAAAUGUGGGCUGACCCACGGGCUCCUUGGCGGGCCCUCGCACCCCUGGCUGACCCUCAUAUUUCUACUCUCCCCCCGCCCCCCCUCCCUUUUCGUAUUCCUUCCUAGUGUUAUUUGUUGAGAAACCCUAAUUAAGGGUUAUAUGAGCAAAUACGGAAUAUAGACCUAAGGUCUAUCACGUCUC